AUGUCAGCAUCAAACUGGAUUCUAUUAAGUAUAGUAAAUUUACUUGAUGAUGUUAAAGCUGUUGCUAAAUCACAUGGUGUAUGUCAAUGUCGAACAAAUAAUCUUAAGGAUCAUACAAAGUACUCGUUUAAAUGUUCUCAAUAUCGUAAAUAUCCAUUAUGUGGUUAUGAACUCAAGGCAACUGUACCAGAUGACGAUCCAGACUCGAUUACGGUAAUGUUCAGAGAUGCUCACAACCAUGACAAUCGAAGCCAGUCAUCUCGUUUAGCAUCUCCAGUACGUCAAUCAGUUUCAAAAUAUGUUGGUAUUGGUUUAACAGAAGCUCAAAUUCGUUCGUCAGUUUCAGUUGAUCAUCCAUCUACACCAGUAUUAUCAACCAAAUUAACAUCAUUAGUUCAAACAGAACGUCGAAAUAAUCGCCCAGAAAUCUUCUCAGUUUAUGAUUUUCGUAAAUGGUGUAACGAUCACCAAGAUGGUACUGUGCCACAUUCGACGAUUGUACCGUUCUAUCAUUGUAAUGACGUUAACGAUUUGUUUGUUCUAUUUACUACGAAGCGCUUAAUUCAACAAAUUCAAUCAACUCCACUAUUGCAGGUUGAUGCUACGUACAAGUUAACGUGGAAUUAA